UUCGAACUUAGAAGGUUUGAAUUUAGAAAGAAGUUAAGAAGGCGUAGCUGCGCUAGGUUUCCUAUAUAGUGCGCGCCGGAGCUAGCUAGUCAUGGCCGUGAGAUCAUCAACCAUUUUGUUUUGGCUUUUAGCCUUAAGCGUUGCAUUUUGUGCCGUCACACUUUCUGUCUACUUCGACGACCUUUUUUACACCGCCACCACCCCUAGCGGUGCUCCUCCCGCCGCAAGCAGAAAGAAAUGGCCCUGCUUUUCUGUUGGUUUCAGUUUUAUCCUCAAAAAGAUUGGCUUUGAAGAUCUGCUCUAUGCGGUGGACGUGGACCAAACUACAAGCUCUAAACACCACCACCGCCACCACAGGCGGCGGCGGCGGAAGGCCAAGUGCGGAGACUUAACAUGGGACUCUGCUGGCAUCGUUUCCAUGUAUGGUGUCUCGAGGGUUAUCACUGUGGAUUCAAAGGGUUGUGGAAAUUUCAGCAGUAUAAAGAUGGCCAUUCAUGCAGUUCCUGAUCUCAGUCCUUCCAUAACACUCAUCAUAAUCAAUUCCGGCACCUACAGGGAAAAAGUGAUGGUGGGUAGCAAAAAGCAAAAUGUGAUAAUACAAGGAAAAGGUUACCACAACACUGCCAUAUCAUGGAACGACACUGCAAAUUCUACCGGAGGCACCACCAAUAGCUACACAUUUGCUGUAUUAGCCCCGAAUUUCAUAGCCUACAAUAUCAGCUUUCAGAACACAGCUCGAGCGCCACCAUCGGGCGAAUCUGGAGGCCAGGCCAUGGCCCUAAGUAUUCUCGGAGAUCAAUGUGCAUUUUAUGGAUGUGGGUUCUAUGGAGCUCAAGACACCCUUAAUGAUGAGAAAGGAAGACAUUAUUUCAAAGAUUGUUUCAUUCAGGGUUCUAUUGACUUCAUCUUUGGGAACGCCAGGUCAUUCUACCAGGAUUGCACAAUACACAGCAUAGCAGAAGAAGCAGCGGGCGGAGAGGUAAGUGGAUCAAUAACUGCACAUAGGAGGGGCUCGGAGGAAGAGGAAACCGGGUUCUCAUUCGUGAACUGUAACAUUGGUGGGAGUGGAAGGGUGUGGCUGGGGCGAGCAUGGGGGCCUUAUGCAACAGUCGUCUUCUCUUUGACGUACAUGUCCAGCGUAGUUUCCCCCGAUGGCUGGAACGAUUGGAACAACUCAACUAGAGACAAGUAAUUAGUUUGAAGUCGUGCCCCUGUUUCAAAAAUAUUUCUAGCUCCGCUACGAAUCAUAUGAUUACAUGCUCAUAAUCAUCAUCAUUACUCCAGUGCCACAAAGUCUUCCACCUAUGGACGGUUUACUUUGGGGAAUAUGAUUGCAGUGGACCGGGAGCUAGCUUCACAUAUAGGGCAUCAUAUGCAACUCAACUGGAUAAAUCUGAGGCUGCUCCGUACUUGACUACCUCGUAUAUUGAUGGUGAUGACUGGCUAUUUACCUCACCCAAUCCUCCAUCACAUCUCAAUCAAAUCCAUGCCCACGAAAAUAGUGACCUUAUAAUUGAUGUUUAGUGAAAAUGAUCUAUAUUUGUUGAAUGUACUCAAUUGAGGGGGGAAUAUACUUCAACCCUUUAAGUUUAAUUAAUCUUAUCACUGUCGUCA